ACGAAUAAGUGAAAAAACAUCAAUUACUGAAAGUGAUAGCCGAGAAGCACCCUCUAGUAGUUUAUCUGUCGAAAAAUUAUCUACAAAAUAUGUUGGGCUGCGUUCUGAAUUGAUUUCACUCCGCCAAAGAUUGCAUUCGCAAAGAAACAUGGGAAUUGAGAAAGUUAAACGGCUAUCGAGAGAGGAAACUUUGCUGCGAACAAAUAAUCGUCGUCUUCGUCAAAAAUCGGGUGAUAACGAAAGAAUAAGACGUUUGCUUAUCUCUGAGAGUGAAUCGAGUAUGGACAUGGACGAUGACUCGUUUGUUGAUUUGUUUUACUUUAGUUCACGCCCAGAGUUGUUGCGGACGUCAGCUAAUUCAAAUGAAAGGACUUCCCGUCCAAGCGAAGGGAACACCUUUACUGAUUCAUCUCGACCCACUUCACUUCAAAAAGAUUCAAAAGUUGUGUUUAAUCUUGGAAAUAUAAAUGAGAAUCCAGAAGAGGGUUCUGCUGAAAAGUCAUAAUUGUUUUUUUCAAAUGAUUAGUCUUUUCCUAGA